CUUCCAUUUUUUGUUCCUCUUUCCAAAACCCAUUUCUUUUGUUUUGGCAAUUCAAAGCUCAAUACUAACAAAAGUAAUGGCUUCAAUGUCCUCUCAUGGCUCAAAUGCAUGGACUAAAAUGCAAAACAAGACAUUUGAAAUGGCUUUGGCUGAAUAUGAUCAAGACACUCCUGAACGAUGGGUGAAUGUUGCUAAGGCUGUUGGUGAAAAAACUGAAGAGGAAGUCAAGAUGCAUUACCAACUUCUCCUUCAUGAUGUCAAACAUAUUGAGUCUGGCAAUGUCCCUUUUCCCUAUCCAACGACAUCGAGCAAUGAUGAUUUGCCAAGGAAACGAGGAUGAUUAAGAACAAACUCUUCAUUGAUCGAGCUGGUGCAAUACUUUGAAGAAUAUAGAAGAAGAAAGAACCAUAUGCCUUUAAAUACAGUUUUACUACUGAUGAAUGAAUAAAUAAGAGUUUAAUCAUUUGAAAUUUUGUUCCUCUCUGAGUGUAUGAGAGUUCUUGUUAUAUGGUAUGACAUUCAUAUCUAUAAGGAAUGUUUAGUUUAAUAUGAAACAUCUUUUUUCUUA